CCAAGGUUUUAUUGAUUUCAAGAUUUCGUGAGUAGGUGGAGACGAUGACAAUAGUUACCUCAACCUUCUUUUGUGCCGUUUUUGUUCACCUUCUUACCCUUUCAAUCGCUCAGAAAGAGCUGCGCUAUGUCAACUGUGAAAACGGAAGGGGUAACUUUUCCACCGGCAGUCCUUACCAGGACAAUCUCAACAGUGUUCUUUCUUCCCUCUCUUCCGACACAGGAAACGACCAUGGAUUCUACAACGCAUCCUUUGGUGAAAACCCUGACCAAGUUUUUGCACGGGCGCUUUGUCGAGGAGACGUUGAGCCAGAUAUUUGCCGUUCUUGCAUAUCAGACGCUCGCAACGCGCGAGCUAGUGUUUGUCCCAACCAGAAGGAGGCACUUUUGGGGUAUGAUGAGUGUAUGGUAUUUUACACAAAUCACUCUAUCUUUGGCGUUUUACAAACUUCGCCUGGUAUGGUGCUGUGGAAUAGAGCCAACGCCUCAGAUCCUGAAGGCUUCAGUGCCACACUGAGAACAUUGUUGGAGACGUCGCGGAAGCAAGCUGCAGCUGGAGACACUCUUCAAAAGUUUGCAGUAAACGAUACAAUGACUACAGAUUUCUCAAGAGUGUAUGUACUCACGGAGUGCACUCCUGAUUUAUCUGAGCAACAAUGCUUGGAUUGUCUGGACCUAGUUAUCCGAAACCAGCCAGAUUGUUGCACUGGAACGAUGAUCGGAGGCAGGCUUAUAGUCCCAAGUUGUAAUUUCAGGUUUGAGAACUAUCGCUUCUACAACAUAACGCAUGUGUCAUCAUCUCCACCACCGCCUGGAGGAAAGAAGAAUAACACAUCUCGAACUGUCAUCAUCAUCGUUAUUCCAAUUGCUAGUGUGGUGAUACUAAUCAUCUGUGUCUACAUCUUCUUGAAAAUGAGGAAGACAAGGGAGCAGGAUGUUGAGUCCGAUGACGAGAAAAUUAUCACUGCAGAGUCUUUGCAAUAUGAUUUCGACACCAUUAAAGCUGCAACAAAUAACUUUGCUGAUGAAAAUAGGCUUGGACAAGGUGGCUUUGGGGCUGUUUACAAGGGUAGGCUUUCCACCGGGCAAGAUAUAGCCGUAAAAAGGCUAUCGAAGGAUUCUGGACAAGGAGACCUAGAAUUCAAGAAUGAAGUCCUCUUGUUGGCCAAGCUUCAACACCGGAAUUUAGUUAGACUUCUUGGUUUCAGCCUGGAAAGAAAUGAAAGACUUCUUCUAUAUGAGUUCGUGCCUAAUUCAAGCCUUGAUCGCUUCAUAUUUGAUCCAAAAAGGAGGGAACAAUUGGAUUGGGAACAACGCUACAAAAUCAUAGGAGGCAUUGCUCGUGGACUCCUUUACCUUCAUGAAGAUUCUCGACUUCGAAUAAUUCAUCGUGAUCUUAAAGCAAGUAAUAUUUUGUUAGACACCGAUAUGAAUCCCAAAAUUGCAGAUUUUGGCAUGGCCAGAUUAUUUGCAGUGGACCAAACACAAGGCAAUACAAGUAGAAUCGUGGGAACCUAUGGUUAUAUGGCUCCAGAGUAUGCAAUGCAUGGACAAUUUUCAGUAAAAUCUGAUAUAUUUAGCUUUGGUGUACUGAUUCUGGAGAUCGUAAAUGGUCAAAGAAAUAUUUGUUUCCACGACAGAGAUAACGUGGAAGAUCUUUUAAGCUAUGCAUGGAAGAAUUGGAGGGAAGGGACGACGCUGAAUCUCAUAGAUCCUUCCUUGAAGGUAUCUUCAAAAGCUGAAAUAACACGAUGCAUCCACAUUGCCUUGCUAUGCGUUCAAGAAAAUGUAGUCGAUAGACCAACCAUGGCUUCUGUUGCUAUCAUGCUUAAUAGCUACUCCGUCACUCUGCCGGUGCCCUCUCAUCCAGCAUUUUUCAUGCAUAGCACCAUUGAAUCAAACCUCUCUUCCUCAUCAGUAUAUACUUCAAGGGUCACGGAUCAUUCCCUUAAUGAUGAAAUUCUCCCCUUGUCGAAAAACGAGACAUCUAUUACAGAGUUAUAUCCUCGCUAGUGCGAAGGAAUUGAUAUUGCUUUCAAUUAUAACCAAUUUUGUUUGUAAUAGUUUUAAUUUGCGACAUGUGUAUUGCACGUAGAUGAUAUAUAACACAUUCAUAUCACAACUUUUACAUAAAAAUUUUUGCAAGGAAAAUGAGCAUUUUG